AUGUUGCGUCACAAGCAAGCUUCCCAGAAUUUUAAGGGCACGCCCAUCGUCCAUCUCUACAAGCGGAAAGAGAACCGACAACUCUGUGACAAUCGUAGAGGAACCUCACUGUUCAGUAUUGUUGGAAAGAUCUUUGCUCGCAUCCUCUUCAAUAGUUUAAAUGGCUAUCUGGGACACGGACUUCUUCUAGAAAGCCAGUGGGACUUCCGACGGAAUCGCGAAACGACCGACUUGAUGUUUGCGGCCUGGCUACUGCAGGAGAAGUGCCAGGAGAUUCAGGUCCACUUCUACGCUAUCUUCGUGGACCCGAAGAACGUCUUUGGAACGAUGAAUCGUGAUGGAAUCAGGAAAAUAAUGCAGAAAUUCAGGUGUUCCGAAUAAGUCUCACACGGCGGGAUGAUAAUGCAUGUCACUCACAAUGAGACGAUCUAAGAAGCAUUGGCAAUGGCCAAUGGAGUGAAGUGGGGCUGCGUACUCGUUUCUACCCUCUUCAGUUUGUGUCCUCUGCAUUACUCCCGGACGCUUGUCGUGAUGAGCGCCCUGGGAUCAGCGUCGUCUACAAGAGCGACGGCCAGCUUAUCAACGCCCGACAAAUGCAAACUUCCACGGGGACCGCAACAACCACUGCUCGUAAACCGCUCUUCACGGACGACAGCACAUCCAAAGACACGGCGGAAGCAGCCAUGCAAAGAAGCAUGGACCUCUUCGCCUUCGGCUGCGCAAACUUCGGGCUCGCCAUCAACACGGACAGAACGGUGGUCAUAUAA